AUGAUCGGUGCUACUAGGCGCUGGUUCCGGCGCAAUCGCAAAGGUCUCGCGAUCGGGGCUGGCGUGAUCGGAGCCGGUUACCUCGCAGGACAAUAUGUGCUCUCCAAAAUUUCAGAAGCACGGGAACGUAUGAGCAGUGACCGGAUCGCUCGGGAGAAUUUACGGCGACGUUUCGAACAAAACCAAACCGAUUGCACCUAUACCGUUCUUGCUCUCUUACCGACUGCUGCAGAAGAUAUUGUCGACGCUCUUCCUGUCGAGGAAUUGACGAAGGAGCUCCAACGAAAGCGAGCAGAGAGGUUAGCUCGGCUCAGUGCCGGGGAAGGGACCGGAUCAGAUCUAAGCUCUGUAUCCCCCAGCUUACCGGAGGAUGACCGUCGGAGCCUAUCCAGUUUUCAGAGUGAUGGAUUCGUCCGCACAAGCCAAAUGGGAGAACCUUCCGUUGAGGGCGAUGGCGAGGCGCGACCGAAACGGAAUAAGACACAGCUUUGGAACGAGGUCAAAAUCACCUCUAUCACCAGGUCCUUCACUCUAGUCUAUACCCUUUCUCUUUUGACACUCUUUACGCGAAUCCAACUUAACCUACUCGGCCGUCGGAAUUAUCUUUCCAGCGUAAUCUCCAUGGCAACACCUCCUGCCAAUGAAUCGACGAUCAGACUAGAGGACCAUGACGAUGAUGACCUUACACAGACUUUGGGAAAUGAUUUUGAGACCAAUCGUCGCUAUCUUGCCUUUAGUUGGUGGUUGCUUCACCGAGGCUGGAAGCAAUUAAUGAACGAGGUACAGACUGCCGUUACAGAGGUCUUUGGCCCCCUGAACCCUCGGGAGGAUGUGUCGUUGGCGAGGCUGUCUGAGCUAUUCCUGGAAGUCCGGAAGAGAGUGGAGGGACAUACUGAGGAGGAGAGAAAACACAGGAAGUGGCUGUCUUAUUUGCUCCCCCCUUGCGAAGGGGAGGAUAAAUUGCUAGAGGAGUCCGGUGUCCUUGGAGUGACGGAGCUCGCCAACUCCCAGACUGCAACUACGUUGCGACACCUAUUGGAUGAGACGGCCGACCUGAUCGAAUCACCAACUUUUACGCGUGUCUUGAUGCUUCUGAAUAAUGAAUGCUUCCAGACAUUGAUCCAGCAAUGCACCGCCGAUGCUUUCAAGUCGACUUCACAACCUUCAACGAGCGUUCCCCAAUCAUUUACUUCAGUUGCCACGGUUGUCCCGGGAGCUGAUAGCUCCGAGCCGAAGGCAAAGUUAGCUAACGUUCUGGCGGUUUUAGCCCGGCAGGCACACGUGAUUGGUAAUGGUACAAACCCGCCAAAUAUUUACCUAACUGCGAUGGACCAAGGUGUGCGAGAGUUAGAAGCCUUCGCUGCUGUAAUCGAAGGCCAUGUCAAUGCCCUACCGACUGAUCUUCCCCAGCUGAGGAAUACUACGGAGCGCAAGCUUAUGGCUAAAAUAGAUUGGCACCUUAUGCCUUGUCUAUGUGUCAUGUAUCUGCUCGCAUUCUUGGAUCGCGUGAAUAUCAGUAACGCGGCAGUCCUCGGUCUACAAGAAGACUUGAAUAUAGUCAACGGGACGAAAUACAAUACUGCACUGACCAUAUUCUUCGUUCCAUAUGUCAUUUUCGAAAUCCCAUCCAAUAUCUUGCUUAAGAAGCUGAGACCCCAUGUAUGGUUGACGGGAUGUAUGUUUUUAUUCGGUCUGGUUACGAUCUGUCAAGGCCUAGUCUCUAAUUGGGGUGGGCUGAUGACGACUCGGUGGUUUUUGGGAAUGUUUGAGACAGGCAUGUUCCCUGGUUGUUUCUAUCUCUUGGGAAUGUGGUACAAACGGAGCGAGGCACAGAAGAGGUUCAGUUUCUUCUUCAGCUCGACCACACUUGCGGGCGCCUUCGGUGGCUUGCUGGCUAGCGGGCUUGGAAAGAUGGAUGGAAUUCGUGGCUACCGAGGCUGGCGCUGGGUCUUUAUAAUUGAAGGCCUGAUUACUUGUGUCGUCUCGCUUGCCUGGUUCUUUGUUAUUCCUGACUUCCCUGAGGAGGUCAAAUGGCUCACCGAUGAAGAGCGCGAAUUCCUGAAGGCAAAACUAGCCAAAGACUCGGGGAGCGCCGGUCAUGAUGCUAAGAUAGGUUGGCGCGAAGUAUUGGAGGUCUUCAAAGACUCAAUCAAGACUCAGCUGUAUUCAAUCCCACCAUGGGCAGCCGCUUGGGGAUUUUCCAUGUUGGUGGCCAUUCUCUCUGACAAAACCAGACAUCGCUUUGCCUUUACUAUAGUGCCCAUGCUAAUUGCCAUGGCUGGCUUUGGAAUCCUGUUGAAUGUACACGGACAGGCCCAUCGAAAUGUUCAAUAUGGCGCCUUAUUCAUGGUUACAAGUGGAUGUUACAGUGCAAUGCCGGUCAUUGUUUGCUGGUUCGCGAUGAACCUAGCAGGCCAUCGUAGGCGAAGUGUGGGAACGGCCUGGCAAAUUGGAUUUGGAAAUAUUGGUGGUAUUAUAUCGACGUAUGCCUUCUUGAAAAAAGAUGCACCAGAAUACCGGCCAGGAUAUAUCAUCAGCGUAUCGUUCCUUAGCUUUUCGGCGGCCUGUUGUAUGGUCUACUUUGCGGCUGUCUGGUAUGAUAACCGGCGCCGCGAUCAGGCUAUAGCCGAUGGCACGGCUAUACCCAGUGACGAAGAUCAAGAGCUACUGGGCGAUAUGGCGUUAAACUAUCGCUAUAACUAUUAG